AUGGAAACGGAUAAAAGAUGGUCCCUCAGCGGGAAAACCGCUCUGGUAACCGGCGGUACUCGCGGAAUCGGACGAGCGGUAGUGGAGGAGCUAGCGAGAUUCGGUGCAAGAGUUCAUACUUGUUCAAGGAACCAGGAGGAGCUCAAAUCAUGCUUGGAUGAUUGGAAGUCCAACGGUUUAGUGGUAACCGGUUCGGUUUGUGAUGCAUCGGUUAGGGAUCAGAGGGAGAAGUUGGUUCAGGAUGUUUCGUCUGCCUUUAGUGGCAAGCUCAACAUCCUUAUAAACAACGUUGGAACUAAUUUAAGGAAGCCAACGGUUGAGUACUCAAGUGAGGAUUAUGCAAAAAUCAUGUCGACUAACUUGGAAUCUGCUUUUCAUUUUUCUCAAAUUGCACAUCCUCUUUUAAAAGCAUCUGGAGUUGGGAGCAUUGUGUUCAUCUCCUCUGUGGCUGGUUUGGUUCAUCUUAGUAGUGGAUCUGUGUAUGGUGCAACCAAAGGAGCACUUAAUCAGCUUACUAGGAAUCUAGCUUGUGAGUGGGCAGGGGACAACAUCAGAACCAAUUGUGUUGCGCCAUGGUACAUCAAGACCUCACUUGUGAAACCGGUACUCGAGAAGAAAGGUUUUGAGGAGGCGGUAGUUUCGCGCACACCACUUGGUCGCGUUGGAGAACCAGAGGAAGUCUCGUCGCUGGUUGCUUUCCUCUGCCUUCCCGCAGCUUCUUACAUCACCGGUCAGGUCAUUUCUGUUGAUGGAGGAUUCACAGUCAACGGUUUCAGUUACACCAUGUAG